AUGGCCGCAACCAAGGGUUACUUCCAGAGCAAAACCGGCGAGAACCAUGGCAUUUUCGGCUACAAAUAUCUCAAAUUCCACCGCAUGCGGGACCCAAAAUGGGCCGCCGGGGACAAAAUGAUCCAGUAUGUCGGAAUCACCAAAUUGUAUGAACGCGACCGAAAACUGCAAACAUUGAAAACGGUGCUGAAACGGAAAGGCAAGCAGCGGCACACGCAAAAUGUUCGGAAAACCUUGAAGGAAAAUACUGGCCACUUGAAGAUUGCAACAUUUGGUGAUGCCCAAUUGAUUAAAACUAUCCUGCAGGAGCAUUCCGAGAUUCAGCGGGCGUAUCACCCGCUUAUGAUUGAGCAAAUUGUCGACAAAAUCGACCAGAGAACGUUCGCUAAACGUAAAACUUUGGACCAGCUUCAACAUCAGCUCAAGUUUUUGAGCGAUUCCUAUGAAAGUGAGCUGCUGGCGGUCGCCGAGUUACAAAACCGGACGAAAUAUAAAGAUCCCCAGGAAGUUUUCGAAGAGACUGAAGCAAAAAGCUACGAACUCGAGCUGCGACACUGCAGCACCCGGAUCAGAACGGCUGACGCCGUCAACAGGGCUUACAACGAAAUCAUUCGAGUUAUGCUGAAGGAUUCAAUUUACUACGAUCCCGUUUUGAGUGCUCUAAACGAAGACUUGAUUGAGCAGUAUCGAUUCAUUCGUAAAACUAUCGACACUGGACUUCCAGUGAUGAAGAACAUUCAAAGCUUGCAACGGGAAUUUGAGAAAUUGGAUAUAAAAACUACCAAAGAACUGACGGAUCGCUUCAACACUCUGAUGGAACAUCGUGAGAUUCUCAACAACAAUAACAUCAAGGUCAAAACGCUUGUUCGGCGGGAUAGCGACUUUGACGUAAAUCCGUCCCGUUACGAUCGCGACACGCGCAGCAUGGUGGAUUUGAAAAUUCAAAUGGAAGACAUUCAGAAAAUUUUGAAGCAACUCAAAAAUGCAACCUCUUGCGGACGACCGCAGGAAAUUUAUCCAAGAGUGAAGCAACAGGUUCGCGAUAGCGAGCAGAUGAAGAAACGGCUCGCGAAACGGGAACUGCAGCGCAAUUUGGAGCAAAUUAACACCGAUGUUGCGGGCGUGCACCAUGACGAGCUGGCCAACGAUUUCACGCCGGAUGAGUUGAGACGCGUCACAGACUACAAAGCCCUGCAGGAUAAAAUCGGCAAGGAACGGGAAAAGCAGCAAGCUCUAGCCACCAAGAAGAAACAUACGGAGGAUGUGCUGCACAUGUUGAAAGCUUCCUUCCGGCACAUUGCCGAUGUGCUGCGAAACGUAGACGUCAAAGUGCACCCGCAAACCUUUACGAAACCCAACGACGGAGACUCGAUGCUGAACUUGCCACUGUUGAACUUUAGUGCUGUCUUUAGGAAGUUGCCCACGCAGCAAAACAUUGAGAUUUAUUCAAUUUCAUCGGCAAAGGAGAAAAUUUCCCAUCUCAUGAAGAUCUAUUCGGAAGCUGUUAACGAACCACCUGCUGUUGCACCAGCAUUCGAGUACAAAACCAACAUUCUGAAGGAGUGCAACCAGUUCCAGAUGAGAAGCAUGAAGGAAACUGGAAAAUCAAUUAUGGAUGACAUGAUUUUCGACGAUCCGAGCGUUUACAACAGGAAGCAGAUCAAACAGAUGAGUGCUAAUAUUGUUGAGAAGAACUCAAAACGGGAAGAUUAACUGGACCGAAUUUAAUUUAUAUUUUCUA